GCUGCAGUAAAAGUGGUGGUUAAGCUUCGAGUAUUAAGAGUAGGCGGAAGUGUUCGGUUUAGGGGCGGCACCAGGCGAGGCGCGGACUCUCGGCUACAGUAAGAACGGAGGCAGAACAGGAAGAUGCCGGUUGCGGGACAGACUCGGUUCUCUGCACCUUUGCCGUUUUAAAUAAACCGCCCACAUCUCGAAGGAGAGCGUUCGCAGGAUUGUGCAGAGUGGCCUCAAGCCCUGGGUUUAAGAGAUUGAAAAAGUUUGGAUUCGUGCGUGUCUCUGCAGCUGGAAGGAAGGUUACUGGGGAAGCGAGGCGCUAGCUGGUUGACGCGCCGGGAACACCGCUCAAGCAGCGAUGGGGCUCCCGACUCUCGAGUUCACCGACUGCUCGCUGGACAGCCCUGACUUCAGGGAUCGGCUCAAAGCGCACGAGAUUGAGCUGGAACGCACAAACAAGUUCAUCAAGGAGCUCAUUAAAGACGGCAUCAUGCUGAUUAACGCGCUGAAAAACUUGUCCGCUGCAGUUCAGAGGUUUUCACAGUCGCUACAGGAUUUCCAGUUUGAGUGUAUUGGUGAUGCAGAGACUGAUGAUGAGAUAAAUAUUGCUCAGUCUUUUAAAGAAUUUGCACAACUCCUUCAUACUGUCGAAGAGGAGCGAAGAAGAUUGAUUCAGAAUGCAAAUGAUGUUUUAAUUGCACCACUGGAGAAGUUUCGUAAAGAUCAAAUAGGGGCAGCAAAAGAAGGAAAGAAGAAGUUUGAUAAGGAAAGUGAGAAAUACUACUCUAUAUUGGAGAAGCAUUUGAAUUUAUCAUCAAGGAAAAAGGAAGCACAUUUACAAGAGGCCGAUGCACAAAUUAUCAAGGAACGACAGAAUUUUUAUGAAGCGUCGCUGGAAUAUGUGUUCAAGGUUCAAGAAGUACAAGAGAAAAAGAAGUUUGAGUUUGUUGAACCUCUGUUGGCAUUCCUUCAAGGAUUAUUCACAUUCUACCAUGAAGGUUAUGAGCUUGCACAGGAAUUUGCGCCAUACAAACAGCAGCUGCAGUACAACUUGCAAAAUACGAGAAAUAAUUUUGAAAGUACCAGGCAGGAAGUGGAAAGACUGAUGCAGAGGAUGAAGUCAGCCCCCCAGGAUUACAAACCACCCGGACAGUGGACAAUGGAGGGUUAUCUGUAUGUACAGGAGAAGCGCCCCCUUGGCUUUGCCUGGAUAAAACACUACUGUACAUAUGACAAAGCAACUAAAGCAUUCUCAAUGACCUUAUGUGAACCAAAGUCAGGAGGAAAAUUGAAUGGACUUGUCACAGCUUCAGAAAUUUUCAAACUGAAGUUUUGCAUUCGACGGAAGACUGACUCAAUUGACAAACGUUUCUGUUUUGAUAUUGAAGUGGUAGAACGACAAGGCAUCGUUACGCUGCAGGCUCAAUCAGAAGCAAACAGAAAGCUUUGGUUGGAAGCAAUGGAUGGAAAGGAGCCGAUAUACACUCUACCUCUUCUUAACAAGAAGGAAGAAUUGUACCUAAAUGAGGCAGGUUUUAAUUUUGUAAAGAAGUGCAUUGAAGCUGUGGAAAUGAGAGGUAUUAAUGCCAUGGGAUUGUACAGAAUGAGUGGAGUAAAUUCCAAAGUACAGAAGCUAAUGAACGCAGUAUUCGCACUGAAAGCACCUCCUGAUAUGGAUCUUGACACUGAAUUGUGGGACAUGAAAACAAUUACAAGUGGACUUAAAAACUACCUCAGGUGUCUUGUAGAGCCAUUGAUGACUUACAAGUUGCAUAAAGAUUUAAUUGCUGCUGUCAAGUCAGAUGAUCAGAACUACAGAGUGCGUGCCGUUCAUGCAUUAGUUUAUAAACUACCGGAUAAGAACAAAGAGAUGCUUGAACUUCUGCUAAAACAUUUGGUGAAAGUGUCCACUCACAGUGAAAAGAACCUGAUGACUGUUUCUAACUUGGGUGUUAUAUUUGGACCAACACUAAUGAGAUCCCAAGAAGAAACUGUUGCAGCGAUGAUGAACAUUAAAUUUCAGAAUAUUGUGGUUGAGAUUCUUAUUGAAAAUUAUGAGAAGAUAUUCAACACACCACCAGACCCAAAUGUUCCUCUUCCUCAACCUGAGCAGAGAUCUGGAUCCAGGCGAAACAAGGCAACUUGUCUGUCCACAGGCCCCAGAAGACCCAGAGGCAUAUAUACCCCCACCCUCUGCCUGGCAGAUGCAGACAGUGACACCUUCAGCAGCAGUCCGGACAGUACACCAAUGGGAAGCAUAGAGUCUCUCUCCUCUCACUCAUCUGAACUGAACAACUCCUCAAAAACCAGCUCUUCUCAACACCAUGCGCAAAGAGAGAAAGGAGAUAAUGGAAUACCAUGGGUGCAAGCACCUGCCUCAUUACCUGGUCUGAAAAGCACACUUGUUUGGACAACUAGCCCAGAAUCAAGCUCGAGUGAAGACACUGUUAAAACUGAUGGCCUGUCAGAUUCUCAAACUCUCUUGUCUGUUACUAAUGCAGUAAACAAGCCUCAGCCAUUAAGUCUAUGCAAUGAAGGACCCCACAAACAUACUGUGCUUAAACGAUCAGUAACAACUUCCCUAACUUCACUCCCUACAACUGAUGGUACUAAUACAAGAACUUUUAGCAGUUCUGUUCAGAAUCUAUCUUCAAUGGAUUUAAAAGAUACACUUAAGACAGGAUCCAACCCAGCACUUCCUCCAAAGAUGGCUGUUAGAAGAAGAUUAGAUUCAACAGCAAGCAAUGGCUAUCAGAAACCAGGAUCUGUGGUUGCAUCCAGAACUCAGUUGUUUGAAAAUAUCGGUACUCCUAAGCAAAAUUCUUCUAGACGCCAUGCCAAAGCUAUGUAUGCUUGCAAAGCAGAGCACAGCCAUGAGCUUUCCUUCCCGCAGGGGGCAAUGUUCACUAAUGUGCAUGCAUCGGUGGAACCAGGAUGGCUACAAGGAACAUAUGAAGGCAAAACAGGUCUAAUCCCUGCAAAUUACAUAGUCUUUCUUUGAUAACUGCUGACAGGACUAGAAAAUCUCCAUGGUAUCCAUGGUGAACAGACUUACAAAUAGAGAAUGCUAUCACAGCUCUUCGUAUGCCAGACAGUCAGAGGUUCACACCUGCUGACUAUAUGCCUUUGUACGGUAUGAAGUAAAGGAUUUUGGUGUCCAUCAAUAAAUGUUUGCUUUAAUGGAAUUAAUAAUUGUAUCAGCCAUAGUUACUGACAGAUACUCGUCUUGCAACAUUGGAAAUUGGGAAAAAAACUGACCAAAAUUAAGAAUAAGUUUACGCACAUAUUUAUAAAUUGUAAUGUUUUUUCAAGCUCCCUGUUUGGAGAGCCAACAGUAAAUAUGAGCUAUAAUGGAAAUUUAUCUUUAUGUUAAUUUUUUUACAAUCAGUUUAAAGAUGUAGAAAAGUGAAAUUUAUACAUUUUGAAUUAUUAUUUCUCACAAAAUAUGCAUUUAUUUACAUUCUUAUUUGAGCUAGCUGCAGUGUUUUUCUUUCAGCCAAAUUUCUGCUGUGUUACAGUCUAAAAUCCUCCAAUAUUUUUUAAUUGAUUGACUUAACUGAUUAGUUUGUGAACUAACUUUCAUGUACCUGCAGCUAUCCUUGACUUCAAUUUUUGCAAUUGAGUGUAGAGUACUGAUGGUCACUUGUGUUUACAUGUCAUUUAUGGAAAAUAACUCAAGACAUUGGGUGCUUUCAUGAAAUUCAAACAGUACUUUUACCCAAAGAUGUCUUCAGCUAUAUUAGAAAUAGGUAACUGCUGGUAGUGUUUUUUUGAGCUUUAAUACAAAGUUAAUAAAACAUCACCAGUUUAUAAUUUGCUGUUAUAAAUGGAGAAUAUGCAUUGUAAAUAUAACAUAUUUUGUUGACAAACUCCUUGAGGACCGAUAAAUCUAUUGAGAAUACAGCAGUGAUAAUAUAUGAGCAGUGAAUUAUCGGUGAAUUGCUUCUAAACUUCUCUGAGGAUGAAUGAUGUUCAUAAGGCUGACCACUUAUUAUGAUCUGAUUAUUGUGAAUAAGGAAGAUGCCUGUUACCCAACAUGCAAUUUCAGCUUCUCCUGGCAAAAUAAUACUGAUUAUGUUUAGACAUAUGUUCACAAUUUACUUGUUACACAUCUGAAGUUGUUCUGUUUCUGCAACUUAAACUGUAAUUUUUUUUGGGGGGGAACAGAUUGCCCCCCACAAGAUUUGAUUAGUUUUAAGUGAAAGGAGCAAGGAUGGGAUUAUGCCAGCUUUAAUGAUACAAAAAUAUCGCACUUUUUACUCUAAUUUUAUUUUUUUUCCAGUACACUGGUGUAUUGGUGACCUGUUUGAAUGUUGGUUUUCUUUUUUUAGAUAUAUAUAUAUAUAUAUAUAUUAUAUAAAACAUUCAGUGAUAACAUUCAUACUUUAAAGUAUAUAUUGUCAAAUACUUAGUUUUAGUGUAUUUAAUAAUUAUUAAUAUCUGUCACCAAAUGUAUUUUGUGUUCAACUGAAAUGUUUUCUGGUCAUUCAGAUUUAUUUGUAUAAAAUCAUAUGAUCAUACCUGUGGCUUGGCAAAUAAUUUAUACUGCUGUUUGGAAAGUACUUGUAAUGGAAUACAACAUAAAACAAAGUUUUAGAUAUAGUUAAAUACAAUGGUAAAAGAAAUGAAAUGGAACUUGACAACAAAUUUUGGGCCUGUUUGUAUUAUUUUGGAUGAUGUAAAUCCUUACUGCAAUGGAAGCUAAUUCCUGUGUGAUCACAAAUGGUGUUUUUGUGGUUGAUUUGUGCAUUUUUGCAAUUUAAUUUGAGUGGAAUUUAUGGAAUAGAUUGGCAGAUUAUGCCAGUCACUUUACUGCUCUUUGCGCCCAAUGAAAAAGUAAUUUCUCUGUGGACCUCCAAUGUAAAUCUAAAUUUUAGAACAUUCUAUUUUCUGAAAAGGCAAGCAUCUUAAAAUGAGAUUUCUAUCUCAAUGUAAAUUGAAAAUAUGAUGCCUUUGAAUUCAGUCUAAAACAGGGUGGAAACAUAAUAUCUUGGUAAAACAGAUAAUUUCAAUAACAAAUUUGUUGAAUGCACACCGCAAUUACAAACCAUAUGAUACUGAAUUGUUGUUAUAUGCUCCAGACUAGACCAUUUAGCAAAUAAUAAAAUUAGUAGAUCAUUUGAAGAACAGUGCAAGAAAAACUUUGCAGUGUUAAUCCAUAGCAAAAAGGUUAUGAUCUGAAUUUUGAAGGUAUUAAUUGAAUGUUCUUAAUUAUAUAAUUAGAAAUUUCAAUGUGAAUGAUUAGGUAUUGAACUAUGAAAGGUUUCGCCAUUCAUAUGGAGUGCAAUAUUGAUGGUAUAUCAUUGCUAGGAACUUAAUGCUGCUCAUCACAACUAACAGAUCUGAACUUAUGGUUAAAACUUCUCUGAUAUUUAUGAGUCACAAAGGUCUAUGAACUGUCAACAACUGAUCGUGUCAUGAUAAAUGUAGUUUUACGUUUACAGUGGAUUCGAAUUAACUGGGCCAUUGUUUAAUCGGGCAGUCGCUUAUUUGGGACAACUCUUAAAGAAAUCUAAUCAAGAAAAGAGCCAAGAUUUACUUUGUUUAUUUGGGACACUAUCCGGCUUUAAUUAAUUCAGGGGACUGUUGCCUAACAGCUUCUAACUAGAGUUAGUUAUGUGCACUUGUGUGGAAGUUGGCCACUACAGAGUGAAGAGUUUUUAAAUAGCGUCUGUUGCUUUUGCUUGUGUUAUGUUAUCCAUUUGGGUCGAUGGAUGCUGUUUUUUUUAAUUUCGAUUUUACGCAGGAAGGCAAUGAAGGCAUUCCAUUAUCUGCACUAGGUGUCUGCAUUAAUUUUAUUUACUUAAAUGGCAGUAAACACUGGGUGAAUUUCUCCAAUGAAUAUUAGGAAAUGACAGACAGUUUUAUAGUACUGUAUUGACAGUGUUCUGAUUUGUUCUGUUUCAUUUAAAUAUGUAAUUUGUUACUUAGUUGAAUGAUAAUUGUCUUUUUUACACCUUUUAACUAUUUCCAUGAAAUUUCGGCUAUUUGGGUCAGCUACUUAAUUGGGCCAAAAUAUACUGGUCCCGAUAUGUCGCAAUUAACCAGAAUCCACAAUAUUAUUAGUAAUUCUCACCAUGGUGAAAAAUGAAGCAAUAAGAAGAACAGACUGUCAAUUUAAUCCAAACAUUAGUAGUAGCUGUGAAACUCUGUGAAAUUAUUGGUAAUAAUGUUUUUUUUAAAUUUUCUCAGAAAGUUCACCAUUGUGGGCAUGGCAAGGAUAAAUUGCAAAAUUCAAAAUUACCAUAUCAUGCUUAAGUAAAGAUCUCAACUUUAGGCACCACUCCAGAGGAAAACUAAAUAAAAGCUCAUACAACUUAUUUUACCAGGGCCCAAAACAAACAUCUGAGAAAUUAGAUUUUCUCCAAUCUAUCUGAGUUAGGUUCAACUCUGAGCCAAUGAAGGAAAUAAUUGUUUGCAAUUAAUUAAGUCACAAGU